GUUAUUUUCGUUUUUGCCUUUCUGCUCGAGAGACGCCAUCUUCCACUCUAGCGGCGUGUUCUUCAUUGCGCUCUUCUUCUUCGACUCAGCAUCGCAGAACAGAGUGAAGGGAGUUCGAAUAUGAUUUUCUCUGCUCUUCUCCUCUUCCUGUCGCACUUCCCUCAACCUUUCACCAUGGUUUAUCAUCUCCCCAUCGCUGGCAGUUCUUCCUCGCUCUUCCCUCUCUCGUUCGUCAGCCUCUAUGGAGCUGAGUAGUUGAAACUUCUCCUCUGUUUCUCACGUCUGAACCUGUUUCUCUCUCCUCCAUUCUGUUCGAUCGAGGUAGUGAGCAUGCAAAGAGUUGAGCUACGGUUGGAAGCCCGAUUGUGUUACUUCCAUAUUUGUUCACGGGUGCUUAAAGGAAGGGAGACUUGAAUGAAGUCUUAAGAAAUAAAUUUUAGUGUUUGGGUAUAUAAAAGCGGUUUUGCGUUUCCUAUCAGUCCUGCCAAGACUGUAAUCCAUGGCACCAGAUGGCGGUCUAAUUAGGGGACAUUCUGUGAGAUUGAUAGUGAUAGUGCCACCGGAGGAUUCCGAUGUGAAUCAAGACAUUGAUCAAUCAGAGGUUGAAUUCAUUGAUUUUCAACAGGGCCUUGGUGAGCGAGCUGCCAAACGAGGGGAUAAGGUCAGAAUCAAGUUUCAGAAGUUAAGCAAGACUGGUGUAGUUGAAGUUGAAAAGGGCCCUCUGGAACUGAAUUUGGGAGAGAACAAAUACGGCCCGGUAGGAAUUGAUCAAGGGAUCAUUGGAAUGAAGUCCGAUGGGGGGAGAGAACUCAAAAUCCCCCCAGAUCUUUGUCCCCCAAGCAAAUGGCGUCUUUUGAAGAAGAAAAUAUUUGGCCAGAGCUCGAAGGAUAACAAGAAAUUUCGUGUUUACCUUUUGGCUAUAUAUUAAAUCAUGGAAGCUAGAGCAAGGAAGCAGUGGAGGGGCAACUUUAGAUUUCAAGACCAUAUUGGGAUUUCGGCAUUUUCUCUCAUAAGUGUUGGAAUUCAAUUGCCGCAGUGCUGAAUUUUGUGAUAUAUGGAGAGUCUAAGUUUUAUGAAAAACCAUAGAUUAAUUGGGGGGGGGACAUUUUUGUGAAGAUGAUAGUAAUUAUGAGCUUAUACAUUUAUUUGAAGAUACUUUUUGUAUCUAUAUAGGGUUAAUGUUUAGU